AUGGAGAAGCUCUUGCACGUGCUCAAGUACCGCUCGGCAGUGUUCAUAAACGUGCAUAUGGUAAUCGCUGGACUCUCUAACAACUGCACUUGGAUCACAUACGGCAUCCUGAGCUCGAACUGGUUCAUCAUUUCGCCCAACAUCCUCUUCAUCUCGCUCAACUCGUUCACGCUCGUGCUUUACAUGGUCUUUAACCCAAAGACGCACCCGCUGCCCGACACUUUCCACCGGUCGACUGUGCCAGAAGGCGCUGAUUCGGCCAUAUCUAUUGAGACCACGCCAAAAGAAAGCUUUAGUCGCAAGGUCAACAGCGAACUUCCUAGUCCAGCAUUCGAAGCGAUGCAAUCUCCUUUAGCGACACUGCCGUGGUAA